AUGGCCUCGGCGGCCAAAAGAGCCGCCAUCGGGCACUUCGUGCCCUCAGGCCGGGCUCUUUUUCGCUCGGGCAUCUUUCAACUAUGCUCUAACUACUGCAAAGAAAUUGAUACCCGGAACGAAAACGGACGAAACACAUUUCGCACUAACCUUCUCACGGAAAUACUAGUUAACCAAGACUUGUUAAUUGGCGAUUUUGCCGACAAUUAUUGGAACUUGACUUACAAAACAAUUUUCUCAGUGACAUUUCUGAACUUUUUCUGCUCAAAUGCUGAUUAUGUUUUUAAAAUUGACAUUGACGUUUUCGUGAGAACAGACAAGUUUUUGGGUUUUGUCGAAAAACUUCCUAAUUCUAGUUUUUAUGGGGGCUUUGCAAAUUGGGACCACAAGCCUAAGAGAAAACGAAAAAACAAGUGGUAUGUUUCUAGAGCAGAAUUUUCUGGAAAUGUUUUUCCUCCCUUUUGUUUGGGACCAGCAUACUUUUACACGGGCGAUUUGAUACCAAUUUUAUUCAAUGCUACUUUGUCGACAAAGUUUUUUAAACUUGAAGAUGUUUAUAUGGGACUAUGUUUAGCGAAUCAAAACAAAAGUGACCUGGUUCAGAAUCUAGCUGAAGUUACUGGAUGGUCAACCUGUUUGAUUCGGCUUUCGGAAAAUGUUUAUCUAAACGAAUGCUCUUACGAUAUUUCAUAUGACGUUAAAAACAUGGAUGAUUUAACUAAGUUUGAAAUUAAUAUAGAGUUCAUCAAACAUGCAAUCAAAUUUAUGGCGUUUGAAAAUAGUCGAUUUGCUGACAUUGAAUGGAAAACGAAAUAG